GGAACUUCAAAGGUCUGUGCAAGCAAAUUGAUCAUUUUCCAGAAGAUGCAGACUAUGAAGCGGACACCGCAGAGUACUUCCUCCGGGCCGUGAGGGCCUCAAGUAUCUUCCCAAUCCUGAGUGUGAUCCUGCUCUUUAUGGGUGGCCUCUGCAUCGCAGCAAGCGAGUUUUACAAGACACGCCACAACAUCAUCCUGAGCGCUGGCAUCUUCUUCGUGUCUGCAGGCCUGAGUAACAUCAUUGGGAUCAUCGUGUAUAUAUCAGCCAAUGCUGGAGACCCCUCCAAGAGUGACUCCAAAAAGAACAGCUACUCCUACGGCUGGUCCUUCUACUUCGGGGCCCUGUCCUUCAUCAUCGCCGAGAUGGUCGGGGUGCUGGCCGUGCACAUGUUUAUCGACCGCCACAAACAGCUGCGGGCCACGGCCCGUGCCACCGACUACCUCCAGGCCUCUGCCAUCACCCGCAUCCCCAGCUACCGCUACCGCUACCAGCGCCGCAGCCGUUCCAGCUCGCGUUCCACCGAGCCCUCUCACUCCAGGGACGCCUCGCCCGUGGGCGUGAAGGGCUUCAACACCCUGCCGUCCACGGAGAUCUCCAUGUACACCCUCAGUAGGGACCCCCUGAAGGCUGCCACCACGCCCACCACCACGUACAACUCGGACAGGGAUAACAGCUUUCUCCAGGUCCACAACUGUAUCCAGAAGGACAGCAAGGACUCUCUCCACGCCAACACAGCCAACCGCCGGACCACUCCCGUAUGA